CCCUGUUUUACAUAGUACAGCCACUGGUGGGGUGGAGGUACCAAGAAAUAACCCAGUGUUGUCUGGCUUACCCUAUUUGCCGAACGGAACCACCGAAGACAGCGCAAUGGAUCGGUCCCUUGCAGGCUUAGUGCAGGCACAUGGAGGCUGACCGGGACCCCAGAUCUCAGCCGCACUGCGGUGGGGACACUCUUUGCUCCUUUCUUUCUUCUUCUCUUCGUCACCUUUCCCUUCCGGUAGAACUGUGUGACUCUGUCACGGUAGUUAGCCGCCGCCAUGGCUGAGUCGGAGCACUCGGCAACCGAUAUCAUCACGUAUAUCGGCGUGCCGCUUGCUGUACUUGGUGUUUUGCCCAUCCUCUACAACACCAUCGCGACGCUGGUGGCCCUGUCACGCAUCAGGCGCAUGCUGCGACACAGCAAGCUGACGGCCCUCACUCGUAGCGAUGUCGUCAACCGCGUGAUCGAGGUUGAGCUGCCGCGCUAUGCCGUGCGCCCUAUGGACCGCAUUGCCGACCGCGACGAGUAUUGGACCCUCUCGCGGCACCCCUCAAGCAUCCCCGGCGGCAGCUGGACCACCUUCAACUGGCGAAUGAACGUGAUCGGUCUCAACACACAACGUGUCGAGUACGCCGACCAGCUGAGGCAGCCCCAGGUCGAGGUGGCCCUCGACGAGCUCGUCUGCUACUUGCUAGAUCUCGGUGCGCACCCGGAUCCUAACGGAUGGCGUCUCCUGCGGUCGUCGGGCCUUUGGACCCCCGUGGGCUGCACUCUGAUGCGUGCGCCGGAUGGGCUGAAUAACGCCUUGACCAUCGCACCACUCGACGGCUCCGACGGACACCUCAGCUUGGCCGUUACCUGGACAGGACCAUGGACGACGCGCGAUCACUCGCACCUCCCGCCAUACUGGGUGCGUCUUUACCCGCCACCACCACGGAGACCGACAGCAGCAGAGGAGAACCCGGCGACAACAGAAACCGAAGACGGAGAUUCCUCCAAAUCCGCGGCUGAGCGGAGAAACUCCGACGAACCGCUCCACAAAGCGCCCUCCAACACCAGCGCGCGUAAACCCUCCCUCGACUCCGCCCAGCAAGAAGGCGCCUCCAACGCCCGCCACCCCAUCACCUGCCACAUCUCCUCCGACGGCAUCAUGACGGCGCUCUCCCGCCCGGACAUCAACCCACCCUCCUCGCCCUCACACCAACACCACCACCACCACCACCACCAACAAAACCACCAAGACCAACCCCCCCUCCACAUCGACCACCUCCGCAUUCGCGCCACCACCACCACCGGCACCUGGUUCGCCAGCGCGGCCACCGCCCACGGCACCUCCAGCCAGACCAUCCUGUGGAACUACGCCAUCCCCGCCCCCAUCCUGACCUUCGCGCGCCGCGAGACGGUGCCCUGCGGCGUGCUGGUGCUCUUGGGGGUCGUCGACGAGGCCGCGACGCCCGAGUGGGCGUCGGCGUCGGAGUCAAGCCUAGCCGACGACCGCGCCCGCCAGCUGGACGAGUUCUCGCGCCGGGCGCGGGCGCAGAGGGAGGCCAUGGCGGCGGAGGCGAGGAUGGGGGCGGCGGAACGGGUGGUGGCGCAGAGGGAGAGGGGGAUGAGGGAGGCGGAGGGUCGGUUGUGGGAGAUGCGUGAGAGGCAGAGGGUCGAGGCGCAGCGGAGGGAGACGCGCGUGAUGGAGGCGCUGCAGAGCCCCAAGUGGGAUGCGAAGCUUGUGGCCGAGCACAACUUUGCGUGGUUGGUGAAGAACGGGGAGGUGGAUGAGCAGGUGGGAGGGGUCAAGGAGGCCGUGGGAAGUGUGCUGCACCGGAUGGUUCUCGACGGGCAGUUUGCGUCGAAGCUCUGCCAGAUGCUAGAUCUGUGGAAGGCCUGGGCGGAGAAUGCGGGCAUGCGCAAGUCCGAUCUGGCCGCGUUGCAGGAGGACCAAGUCACAUUUGCGUAUGCCACGCUGUUGGUGGCCAUCAUCAAGGAUACGGCAAGCGCCCUCGAGGGAACCGUGGCGAUGGACCUGCAAGAGUGCCUGCGUAUGUGGAGGACGGUUAGGCUGGGGUAGUUGGUUCCCAUAAGCUGUAUUUUAGUUGUAGAGUUUCGAUGAUUUCGUUGUACACAUAGAGUAC